CAGUGUACCCCCCAACAUUGGUAUAAUACAAGCUUCCUUCUAAUCUACUCAGUGUUUAUGUGUUAGUAUUAGUUCAGUAAAUAAGUAUAACUUAAGUGUUAGUGAUAUUGUGAUCAUCACAGUACAAUCAAUCUUGUCGCCGGGUGUAAUAAAACUGUAUCCCGUCAACACGCUCGACGGCCAAAAAACGUACACCAUCGGUUUCAAAAAUAGUUUGGAUGUAUAAUGUGUGUAUACUUAGAGAGACGCAGGCAGCCGGCAAAUAAAUGUACCCACUCAAUGUAUAUCCACACCGUAUAUACUUUUGCUUCAGCAGAACUGUAUAUAUUUAUAGAGAGGAAUGGGUAUGGCAAUGCCAAAGUUUGCGCAGAAUUCUCGAAGAUUUUUGUAGCGUAAAGAUAGGGCAAUAGGGGUUGUCCUUGAUUACAACUGUAAACAAAUAUUUAAAAAACAAGACUAAUUUCGUGAUUCUAUUACCAUUCUGGACACAAGACACACACUCCAAUGGUCAUUGGAAAUGACCUAUGUCUGACAAUAUGACAUCUACAAAGAUAAGCUUCCAGCGUUCAGUUCUAAACAAUGGCGUUAAGUGCGCAAUCCGAGAUUGAGUUUAUGUCACGUUUCUAACUCUCAGCCGGAGGAUUAGAAAUACUACGCGCUAUAUUCUGUCGUCAUUUUACGGGAUAAAAAUAGUACACUCGGUUACUAUACAGAGCUCAAACGCGUAGCGGGAAAAACAAUAAGCCAACAUUCAAAUCUUUUUUUUUUUGUUUUCAAGUUUUCAAGUUUUAAAAUCAAUUGACAAGAGCGGCAAAUUUUCUUUCACUUUAUGUUUCGAAUUCCAGGACAAAAUCCGUUGAUUUAGGUGCGAUCUCUUCCGUACCUUACGGCAGCGCGUAUUUACGCACUGCUCCGUGCGCGCGUUAUAUUUAUACUACUAGCUAUUAGAUCGGGUGGCAAAGGAUCACAGAGAGUUUGGCGAGUUGUUGGCCGCGUUUCAAGUAAUCUUGUUUUCUGGCCAAGGAACAUACCUCUCUCUCGCGCUGUUCCAACAACCGGCAACAGUCCUCACUUUACUCGCCGGAGUCUUGCGGAGACCGUAGUCGUCGUCCAUCUCUCAGCAGGUGCGGUGUUUUAAAAAAGUCGACUUCACAUCGCCGCAUCAGAGUUCAUGAUGGAAGGGAUGGAAGCGGAUGGCAACAACAACAAAUCGAUCCUGGCCGGCUGCGAGUACGAACUCAGCGAGCCGUUCGGCAUUCAUCAAGUGUGGCAGCGUCUGCUGCUAACGACGGCCGAGUUGCCAGUUGACAACACCGUCCGAGACUCUCCUGCGCUCAUUGUUCCCGGUCGGAAACAGGCCCACGUUACUUUCGGCCAGCUGGAACAACGAGCCGCGGCGCUAGCCCAAAAACUGUGGGCCAGCAGAGGAGUCGACUCGACUCUGAGCGGUUGUCAAGACGAUUGGAUUAUUGCCGUCUGUUUGCCACCCAGCACCGAGCUGAUUGUUUCACUUUUGGCCAUCUUCAAGCUCGGGGCCGCCUACCUUCCUCUGGAUCCUGCUUUCCCAUCCAACAGAGUGGCCCACAUCCUUGACGACGCCAAGCCGGCCUUGCUCAUCACUUCCACCGCCGUCCUGAACGAGGUCCAUUUUGGCCACCUCUUUCAAGAUUUGGCCGUGUAUCGUUACGAUCGCGAUGAUCAGAACGAACAGCCUGCUGGCCAGCAGCAGCUCGCGCCCGUCCAACCGGCCAGACAUCAGGAUUUGGCGGUGGUUUUGUACACAUCCGGCAGCACGGGAACACCCAAAGGGGUGCGCUUGACCCACCGCAAUAUUUACCACCGUCUCAACUGGCAGUGGCGCACCUUUCCUUUCAUCGCCGGCGAAGUGUGCUGUUUCAAAACGGCUCUGACGUUUGUGGAUUCCAUCGCCGAAAUCUGGGCUCCGCUGUUGAGAGCCGUUCCGAUCGUCAUUAUUCCAAAGAUCAUCACCCAAAAUCCCGAGGUCUUUAUCGCCACUCUCGAGUCGCACUGUGUCACUCGGCUUGUGUUGGUUCCGUCGCUCAUGUCGGCCAUUCUGGCUCAUUUCAGCGGCAACAACAAGACGUCAGCCAGCAACCGCUCUCUGCAGCAACUGCGACUCUGGGUCUGCUCCGGCGAAGUGCUGUCACCUCAACUCUUGCGUCAAUUCUUUCACUACCUCGACGGCCGGGUCUGCAAUUUCUACGGUAGCACUGAAGUGACGGGCGAUGUGACUUGCGUCACCUUUGGCAACAGCGAAGAUGUGGAGAAUUUACUGGUCGACAAUCGAGUUCCACUGGGGUCAGCUUUAGAUAACUGCGCUAUUUACAUCCUGAGCCCUCUGGGCGAGGUGGUGGAUCUUGGACAGAUUGGCGAGGUGUUUGUUUCCGGAGCGCACGUAGCCGAAGGUUAUAUCAACGGAACGAAGACGGGCAACACAGCGUCAUUCGUCGCUAACGCUGCCGACGAGAGAAAAGGACACGAAACAAUGUACCGGACGGGUGACUACGGCCGGAUCGUCAACGGCCAACUCUAUUACGAGGGUCGGGCUGAUUCGCAGAUCAAAGUUCGUGGACAUCGCAUUGACUUGACGGAGAUUAACGCGGCCGUUCUUCAAUUAGAUCAAGUGAUUAAAGGUGUUGUCCUUUGCUACAAACCAGGACAGCCGGAACAGGAAAUCAUCGCCUUUGUUGUGACAAACUCCAACCCUUCGUCCAUCCACCAGUGCUUGAAGAAGAAACUGGUCUCUUACGCAAUGCCGAGGGUUGUCGUCGUUGGUGAGAUUCCGCUGUUGGUCAACGGCAAGAUCGACCGACAACUGUUGCUGAGAGACUACGCCAAGAAUUUCAAAAGCAAGCCGAUCAUCUGCAGGUGGAAUGAAAACGAGCUGAACCGCUUGGAUGAGAGAGAGCGCAACGUGGCCAGCGCCCUUCUCAAAACCGUUUUGUCCGUGCUGGGCGGAUCGCUGCACAAGCCACUGUCGUUGACGGACAACUAUUUCUACGUUGGUGGGAACUCGCUCAACGCCGUCUCAGUCGUCACUAAACUGAGAGAUCAAGGAUUCUAUCUAGAACUAGGCGAUUUUCUGGAGGCUGAUAACUUUCAUCAGGUAGUCAUCAAGAUGGAGGCUUCAUCCAAAUGUCGCGAAUCUUUCCCGUCGUGCGCAAAGCAAUUACAGAAUCCGUCCGUCUCCGAUUACAAGAUCGAAAUGUUGAAUCCAUCCGUCAAAGAAGAAGUCAAACGCAUAACUUGUGAGUGCUUUUCGCAAAAGGGGGACUUGGAAUUGCUAACCGGAGUCAAAUACGAAGAUUACGAACCUCUCCUUGACGACGUGUGGCAACAUUUUUUAGACGUUAACCUCAGUUUCACGGUUAAAAAUAUUCAAGGACGGACAGUUGCUUGCGGUAUGAACUGUGAUGCAUUCGACGUGCCGAAGUUAAACCCCAGAGCCAAAGCGCUGGGUUACGUUUUCGAAGUGCUUGAGCACGCCAAAGGUCCAGCUAGGUGGUAACAGACAGCGCCCUGCUCACUCCGGCCGAAAAUGUGGCGCUGGUUCAAUGCGUCGAACGAGAAACCCUGACACUUGCCAAGUCCAACGGUUUCCACUGUAUUUUUACCUCCAAUUCGAGUCCUCUGAC